AUGACGGAUGAGAAACCAAUAAGUCCCUCGAGUGUGAUGUCGCUCCUCCGUCCUCCCAUUGUUAGGUCUGCAGCUGCAACCCUCGAUCGCUCCCUGUUCUCGAAAACGGUGCCUAUAACAGCAGCGAGAAUAACAAACCUUAAAAAUAUAUCGCGUGUUCGGACGGGGCUUGAAAAGAGCAAGGAACUUCUGAGACUUGAUAGACUCAUCAAUGUUCGACCAGACCAGGAUCCGACGCUGGCGUCCAAAGGCGUAAAAUGCCUGCUACUGAAACCCGAGGUGAUCGUGGAAGAUCAAAACACAUGGAGUUCUUUUCUGCAAGAAGCUGUAAAAAACGAAGAAGCAAGCGUGGUGCCCUACAAUCUAACGGUGAAUUAUGAUUAUUGGACAUAUCUUGAUAUCAUGACAGCAUUAUUGCCGGAAGAUGCUUUAGGUGAAGUACCAGUUGGAUUUUCAAUAGUUGGUCACGUUGCACAUCUAAACCUCCGUGACGAAUACCUCCCUUACAAGAACGUGAUAGCGGAAGUACUUAUAGAUAAAAACCCUACCAUACGUACUGUGAUAAACAAAACCGAUGACGUGGGCAAUCAGUCAGAAUACAGGACUUUCGGCUAUGAAGUCUUAGCCGGACCAGAUGAGAUGAACGUGGAAGUUAAUGAGGGCAGCUGCUUAUUCCGGUUUGAUUAUUCGAAGGUCUACUGGAAUAGCCGCCUACAAACGGAACACAAGAGACUGGUGGAUAUGUUUAAUCCUGGGGAGGUUGUCUGCGAUGUUAUGGCUGGAGUAGGGCCUUUUGCCAUCCCGGCCGGCAAAAAGGGGGUCUUUGUCUGGGCAAAUGACCUCAAUCCGGCCAGCUACGAAAGUAUGAAGGAUGCUAUAACUCGAAAUAAAGUCACGAAUUUCGUCCGCCCCUUCUGCGAAGACGGCCAUACCUUCAUCCAGCACGCUGCCGAUGACCUCAUCUCUCUCGCCGCUACAAAACAAAACACUAUCUCCUUCCCCCCAAAACCACUCUCCCGAAAUGCCUCUCCGCCUAAAUCUCCAAGACCCCCCAAAAUCAUAACUAUUCCCCAAACGAUAAACCAUUUCGUCAUGAACCUCCCUGCCAUCGCCAUCGACUUCGUCGGCUCAUUCAACGGCCUGUACGAAGGCCACGAAACCCUCUUUGAGCCCCACACGCCGACAAAGCUGCCUAUCGUGCAUGUACAUUGUUUCUCUACCAAGAGUGACAACAAUGUGAGAGAGACUAUUGAGAUCUGUGAGAGGAUUUCCCGUGUUUUGGGGUAUGAGAUUAAGCCGGAGGAUGAUGAUGUGACGGUUUAUGAGGUUCGAGAUGUAGCGCCAAAGAAGAGGAUGUUUUGUGCGAGCUUCAGACUUCCCCCCAAGGUUGCUUUCGGGGAGAGGAAACGGGUCUCGGGAUGA